AUGGACUAUUAGGAACCAAAAUAAUACUAAAAAUUUGAUUGGGAAGAAUUUAAUAGAAAAAGAGCUAUUGAAAAAGAAUAGUAUGAUAGAAUAUCAAAAGAGAUUCAAGAAACAUAGGAAAGAUCAAAACAAACUUUAGAUAGCUUGGAGAUCACAUUCAAGAAUCUUGAUGAAGCAAAAGCUUAAGCUAGAUAAACUGUCAAUAACAUUGAUAAGUUUAAAAAACAGUUCAGUGAUGCUAUGGAUAAAUUAUUGGAUAAUAUUGGAAGAUCAUUUGGGGCCAAUGUGAUUAAAUCAGAUGAAUAAAAUCCUAAAACUGCCCAAGAAGUUACUGUUGAAUAAGCGUAAAAACUUAUGACUAAGAAUGUCUUAAUAUUAUGUGGAGCUGGUUUAAGUCAUGCAAGCGGUGUUCCAACGUUUAGAGGCGAAGAUGGGUACUGGACAAAAGGAAAAGAUACAUUCGAAUGCCAAAAGGUAUUGACAAAAGAGUUUUUAAUAAGCAACCCAGACUUAUGUUGGGAGUGGCAUAAAGACUUUUAAAAAAUGCUAAUUAAUAAAAAGCCUAACGCAGGACAUAUCGCAAUUGCAAAUUAUAAAAAAAAGAAUCCAAAUACAUUAAUAGUGUCAUAAAAUAUUGAUAAUAUUCUUACCUCUAUACUUCCUUAAAAAUAAAUCAAGCAUGGCCAUUAUGAAUCCAUAUAUGAAAUCCAUGGUAACAUCAAAUAUAUGAGAUGCUCCAAAGAAUGCACUCUAGAAAAAGAUCAAUUAGCCAUUCUAUAUGAUAUGCCCGAUCUAACUAAGUAGUUAAGACCAAAAUGCCCAAAUUGUGGAGAAGAUGCAAGACCUCAUAUUUUAUUCUUUGAUGAAUCCUAUACUAACGAAAAUUGUAGGAUUCAGUAGUUAUAGGAAAAGUAUGAUGCCUAUGAUACUAUCAUUGUAGUUGGCACAAUGCUUGAAACAGGAUGUGCUAAAUCAACAGUUUGUAAGUUUAUUAAAAAAAAGGCCACUAUAAUUGAAAUUAACCCAGAACCUAUUAUUGAAGUUGGAAAUACUUAUCAAAUAAAGGGAAAAUCAGAAGAAAUCUUACCAAAAUUAUUAAAAUGA